AUGGACGACUUUUUAAAUAGAGCUCUAAAUAUUAAAGGAGAUAUAGGAGAUGAAAACGAUUUUGUCCAGCUUAAGUUUUAUAUUUUAAGUAAUAAAGAAACUACUCUAGAAGAUUUGUCCUUAUAUUGUAUAGAUAUAUAUAAUGUCAUACUUAAAGAAGGUAUGAUGAAUUAUAAUUGGGACACGGUUCCAUUUAUAUUGAAUAUAGAAAGUAAUAAUGGUGUGAACUAUAUUACUUGUAGUAUUACGAUAAAUGCAUAUUAUUUAGAUGAAUGGUAUAUGAUAUAUAUUGCUUAUUUUAUAUCUGAAAAAAUAAGCAAUAUAGCAGUUCAAGUUAUAGACAAUGAUGGUGAUCCACUUAUUGUUGAAAUAUGCGACGUUUUACCAUCAUGGGUUAACCCUGAUUGUGAGCUAAAUAGAUGUUUUAUAUAUCAAGGGAAAUUACAUUUAAUAUCACCUAGAAUUUUGGAACACUCAAGAGAUAUAAAACAAUCUUUGGAUAUCUUGAAGAAUAAUAGAGGAGAAUGUGAGACAAAUGAGGCUUUUGAUUCAAUAUUAAAGAAGAAAUUUAACAAAAUUUUAAACUUUAGUAUCCCAGAAAAAUCUCACUAUUUUCAUAUAUUAAUUCCCAAAGUAGUCGCAAAUGUUUUACAUAAAUAUCACUAUUUGUUAAGUUUAACUUUACGAUAUUUACCAUAUCGUUCAGAUAUGCCUACUUUAAGACAGUACAAAAUGUCAUCAGCACUACCAAAUAUACCAGACUAUCUUUGUUCAAGUGAAUUAGUACGCUAUAGGAUUAGAAUGACAAGAACUCAAUAUGCAAGGUUUGUCCAUGAAAUCCUACCUAUGAAAUUGCCGAUGGAAUUUACUAAUAAAUUUGGUAAUAAAAGUGUUGUAAAGGAUUACAAUAGUAAAAGUAAUAUUGAAGUUCAACGAGGUAUGAGAAUAUGUUAUGGAUUAUAUUUAGCAUAUUUAGAUAAUCCAAAGGAUUUCCAAGGCAUUCUUAUUUGGGCUAAUCCAUCAAAUAAAUUCUCUGAUAAGGACUCUGAGAUAUUUUUUUCAAAUUUGGAUUUAGUAAGAAAACAUAAAUCUCUUGAUUACAGAGGUAUAUGGGAUAUAAUUAUAUCAAAUGAAGGCUUAUUAAAAUCAAGUGAAUAUUUCGGGGAUACUAGCAAAGAUAUAGAUGACUUAGAUGAAUGGUUCUAUAGUAGCUGUGCUCAAGAUUUACUUAAAGAAAUUGAAGGAUUACAUUCAAUUGAUCAUUUAAUUAACCUAGAUAAUAAAAAACGAAAUUCCUGUCUAAAUAUUACAAGGAUUAUGGAAGGAAAGUCUCAAUUUGAGGGAAUUGAUCUCUCAACAGACUCUGAUAAUAGUAGCCUUGAGCUUAGUGACUCAGAAGUAGAUGAACAAAUUUCUGAAUUAAGGAACUUAAUGAAUAAGAUGGAUGAUGAGCUCAGAAAUUCUCUCAAGUCAGAAUCAAUACCCGGAUUUAUGAAUAACAAAGAAGUAUAUGAAGCGGUCAAAAAUACACUAGAAGAGACAAUAGAUAUGGAAAACGAAUUUGGACUUGUUGGUCCUGCAACUACCCUAAGUUAUGCAAAUAUAAAUGAGAACAAAGAACAUUAA